UGGAUUUGAAUUUAGAAUCGGAUGUCGAUUGAGUUCGCGAGGGAGCUCGGUUGCUCCAUCGGAGACGCGGAAGAGACUUGUUGUUCGGUCGGCGGCGCGGGAGAGACUGGCUGAGUUGGAGCGCGCACUGAGCUCCUUCGUUUCGGCGGCUCGGCCGCUGCCGAGAGUAGGGAUGUGUAGUGGUGGGACGCGCAGUGGUGGGAAGAGCUAACGAUGCGCCACGCUUCGGCGCUCGAGGAAAUCAGGUGUCAUGGCGUGUCUUUGGCGCGCUAUUCAAAUUGCGCUUGCUGGACUUUGAUUAUUUAUAAGAGAGAGGAAAAAAAAGGAAAAUAAAAAUAGAAUUUUUGACAAGACGUGACACAAGAUCUUCUCAGCCGCGUCUAUCGCCUCAACGUCGCGACCGAUAGAUCCGACAAGGACGACGAUAGCGACUACCCGUAAAUUCUUUAAGAAUAGAAUACAAAGGCGCGAAAAAGAAGGGGCGAUUUCGACUCGAAUAUAUAAAGGCCGUUCCACCGUUAAGCGUCUUAUUACCAACGACGAAGCUCGUGAACGAAACAUUGAACGAAGAUGUACGGGACGAUGGAACAGCCGCCGCAGCAACACUCCUUCGAGGAUCGAUCGAGACUCGCCGAUCGAAACCGCGAGGGUAACGCCGGAUAUUCUAUGAAAGCUCGAACAGAUAACGGGCUAGAUCGCGAUCGGACACCGAGAAACUACGCGAACGACGCGAACGCGCGACCUCUCAGAAUCUUGGGAAGACGCUACUCAUUGAUGAAAACAGGAUAUAAACAUCUGGAAAUCUGCAUUAACGUCAGUCGACCCUCGUUCGUGGAAAUCGUUCUCAGAGAUAAUCACGGCAAGGAGAUCUCGCUAAUGCUGAAUACGUGGAAGGAGCUGCUCUAUCUACGAUCCACGCUCGCAUCGUACUUUCAAUCCGACAAGCGCGACGAGACUCGUUCCCCGGCGCCGAUAUACAUCGGUCAAUUGAUGCUUCGGCAGACUGAACAAUCUCCGAAUUCUCCGUCUCGAGACGCCCAAGACUCGACUGGCUAUGUCGAGAAACACCGUUCUAUACAUAUUGCACCUAGAACAUUACGUCAACUGCCUCGUUACGUCCUUGAACUGUUUGACCGCCUACACCGACAACAAGCUGGCUCGUUUCCUCGAAGUCGCGGCGAGCGUUCGCGACCCCGCGCUCGUUCCCGCGACGAUACGCGACAGCGAGAGCUUCGACCACGACGAACUGAUAGAGAUAAAGACUCUUUUUAUGAUGAUAUUUCUAAGAAAUAAAGACUCUUUUUAUUCGAUCUCUCGUCUCUCGAUCUCUCUAUCUCUUGAUCUCCCUCGUCUAUACAUCGUUCCGUUCCUCCGCUCGACCUUCUCUCCGAAUCGCGCGCUUUAAGCCGCGCCGAUAGCGAAACCGCGAGCUCGUUCUCCCCCAUCGCUCCGACGCCUCUUCAACCAACCUCCUCGCGAAACAUAUUCUCCCCAUAACUCCCCAACCGCGACUCAACCGACGCCGCGGCGCCCACCAACUC